AUGGCAAUUAUCAAUAGUGUAUAUUAUCAUGAUGAAGUAUGGUACUCUUAUCUUUAUGUAGCAGCUGUCAAAUGCCGCUGGCGUGUUUCAUUAUUUACGGCAAUACCGAACGAUAAAAUGCGUUUAUACAACAACAUGGUGAACGCGACACGUUCAUGGUCUCUAUCAUUCGUGCAACACAAAGAACAUCAUGCUGCAGAAUUACUCUCUAGUAGUGCCAAUAUAUGUCUACAUCAGAUACUGAUGAUUAGCACACUGUUCACUGACUAUUUGGAACAUCUUCUGAACAGGCUUGUGCAUGAUUGUGGAAAUAACACAGCUCAUGUUGUGCUAAUUCAACUUAACACUGCUGUAGAAGAUCUAUUCAAACUUGAUUUAUUGUCUAACAAGUAUCCAUCGUUAUUUUCCAUGCCAAAUAUUAAACUUCGACUAUUAGCAUUAGCACCACAUGUUCAUGACUACGCUCGAUGGUUCACAAAACGACGUUUCUCCAUUGAUGUCUGGUAUCCAGUGUUUCCACUGGAUUUGCCAUUGACCACAGAAUCAAAAUCUUUGAAAUUUACCAUACAAGGAAAAUUCUCUGGAAAACGACGAAAUUAUGACAGCUUAGCCUCGCAGAUUCAGAGGAAGUACAAAGUACUUCAGCAACGAAAUAUCACGUUUCUCGUCAUAGGAACAGGUAACGAUAAUUUACAACACCCACUACGGCAAUCUAGUGCUGUUCGUUGGCUUAUUCAAAAGAAACCAACACCAGCCGCUUCUUAUUAUAAACUCAUCCAUCGUACUGCAGGUAUUUUGCCAUUAUUUGGUUCAAAUGAUUAUUAUAUAAACAAAAUUUCCUCGUCCAUCAGCUGCUCUAUUCUCACGACUACACCUUUACUGAGCACGGCACGUAUAUUGAACACUUAUCGAUACAUUCCUACAAAAGCUGUAUGGCUUCAAAGAGAAAACGAGUCAGAAGUCGACGCACUUCUUCGUAUUAGUUCUGAGCAUUCGUCCACAAUGAAAUUUCAGCAUGCUCUACGUGAAAAACGUAAAAUAUUGAAAAAAUUAGCUUCUGAUAUGUACACUAAAAAUGAAAGAGUACUACGAAACUUGGAAAAGUGGUUGAAUAAUGCUUACGAUAACAAGAUGACAAGUAGAACAGUCAAGAUCAAUCUACUUUCAACGGCCAGAAAUCUUCGAUAA